AUGCUCUCCACGUCCACGAAGCACAGCAUCUCCACGCACCACGCGGGCUACGUGCAGCGCAUGGAGCUGCUCAUCCACGAGCUCGCUCCAGCCGACGUGGGGGCCUACACGUGCGUCGCGCGUAACUCCAUGGGGGAGGUGGCCUCCACGGUGUCUGUGUACUAUACUCCGCCACUAACAACGCCACGCCCGCCAGCCCCACACUCCUCCCAGCACAGGCCGCGGAGGCCUACUAAGGCCCCGGACGACCAGGACUCGUGGUUGCCAGAGGCAGGAAAUUAUCAGCCAAUCGACGCCAACGACGACACGCAUUUAGUGCCGCGUGGGACGCCGGAGGGAAAGCAUGUGCACGGCUCCCGUGAAGAUUAUUCUCAGCCAACCAAUUCACCCGAAAAGAACAACCUGCAAAUUUUCGUUGGAUUUGGUCGCAAUGGGGCGACCAUUUACCAUAAAAACAACAACGUAUUUUUCAUGAAUCUUGUUAUUAUAAUCAUGAAUUCGAUCUUUUCCCAAACGAGAACGGAUUCGCUAAUUUUUUCCCUAUUUUCAAUCCGUUUUCUGCGCACUUGAAAUAAAUGAGGAGUAACUGAAAUCAAAAUAAUGUAUCGCUGAUAUAUUAUCAUAAUAAUGAUCUUUCGGACGCUUAAUCGAAUUUCAUAUAUCAUGAGGUUUAGUGUAGGGUUAAGGUUCUCAUGAAUAGAUUGCGUAACUAUCGUUAAGUCAUAAUCAUAUAUGACAAAUUAUUUCUUACAAUAAGUAUCAUAAAUUUCCGUGAGAUUAUUUAAUCAUAAUC